AUGACCAUCUUGGUUCAGAGAAGCUUACUGAAAGCUUGCAUUACACCGGCAUUGUAUCUCAAAAUCUCUCAUCCAGUUUGCCAUUUCCAAGGAAUCGAAAUCAACUACCACAACAUGAAAUUUCUGUGUAAAAUGGGUGGCUAUUUUUCUCAGUAAUGUCUCAGCGGAACAACCAAUUUCAGAUGCCCCAUGGAGAUUACCAAGGUCACACAGAAUAAUGUCACACUGAUAAUCUACGAGUUCCUCCAACAGGUCUUCCAACUAUUUAGCAAAAAUCUUCCUGCUGGUGUUUGCAAUACAAGCAAGAUUGAUAAAUUCCAAAAUGCUAUUCAUCAGCAAAUUGAGGAAUUAGAGACAUGUUUGUCAGAAGAACGAUCGAAAGCAAGAAAGAACUUUCAAACAUGGAUCCUAAAAAGCACUAGAUUAAGUGUGAAAAAGUACUUCCAAAGAAUCACCAGUUUCCUAAAAAAUAAGCAAUACAGACACUGUCCCUGGGAAGCAGUCCAAAUGGAAUUGAGAACAUGCCUUAUAAUUUUUGACAGUCUUAUGAAAAAACACACAUCAUAA